AUGUAUUGGACAGAGAUCCAAUUUGUUCUGUCCGGUCCAAUCAAUGGUUUGUUUGAACGAAUGUUCGAGACGGAAGCAGGCCCUUUGUUCCUUAACGGUGUCUUCUUGCUGACUCUGAUGCGUAUGGGCGUGUACUAUGGAUUCAUGCAGCCCUCCUACUUGUGGCACUUCCAGGAGCUGUGUCGGUCCCGCUUAAACUUCCUUCCUGAUCCUUCCUGCAUAAUCUUUGAAUAUCUUUGA